AUGCCUAUCCCUGUUCCCAAGGCCAACCGUCUCCUCGACCUCCUUAGCCUCAAGGGCAAGGUGGUUGUUGUAACUGGAGCUUCCGGCGCCCGCGGAAUGGGCAUUGAAGCCGCUCGCGGCUGCGCUGAGAUGGGCGCCGAUUUGGCCAUCACAUACUCCUCCCGUCCCGAGGGCGGCGAGAAGAACGCCAAAGAGCUCGCAGCUGAAUACGGAGUCAAGGUCAAGGCCUACAAGUGUGACGUGAGCACUUGGGAGAGCGUUGACGGCUUUGUGAAGGAGGUCAUCAAGGACUUUGGCAAAAUUGAUGCCUUCAUUGCCAACGCUGGCCGUACUGCCGAUAGCGGUAUUCUUGAUGGCACCGUGGAGGCGUGGCAAGAAGUGAUCCAGACCGAUUUGACUGGAACCUUCCAUUGCGCCAAGGCGGUCGGCCACCACUUCAAGGAGCGUGGAACCGGCAGCUUCGUCAUCACCUCCUCCAUGUCUGGUCAUAUCGCCAACUUCCCUCAGGAACAAACCUCCUACAAUGUCGCCAAAGCCGGCACUAUUCACCUUGCUCGGUCGCUGGCCAACGAAUGGCGUGACUUUGCUCGCGUGAACAGCAUCUCUCCCGGUUACAUCGACACCGGUCUCUCUGAUUUCGUCGCGCAAGACAUCCAAGAUCUUUGGAACUCCAUGAUUCCCAUGGGUCGCAAUGGUGAUGCUAAGGAGCUCAAGGGUGCCUACGUCUAUCUGGUCAGCGAUGCCAGCACUUACAUGACUGGCAAUGAUAUGCUUAUCGACGGUGGCUACACCGUGCGGUAA